UGAGCAGGCUGGCGGCCAGCUCAGAAAACCCCUAAUGCUCAGUAGAUAAAGAGUCCCAUUUUGCAGUUCUUGUCACCUUAUUUGGUUUAAAACACCUUUGCGUAAGUGUUAAUCGAAGUUACUGUCGACUGCAGGCGAGAGGAGGCAGAACAAAAAGGAUGUAUUUCCGCUCCCAGUGUUGUUAUCACAGACAGGACGCUAUAUCGUGCUUCGCCGCGUUGGGGAGCCGUUGAGCUUAGCUAGUUGCUGAAGGGGUUCCCCGUUAAUAUCCCCCACCAUCCCUGCCCUCUGCUUUUUCUUCUCCGCUUGUCUGCUCUCCUGCUUCACAACACAGUACAGUACACACUAGUCCUCUAGUAGUGGCAGCAGCCAACACAAGUGUGUUCAGCCUCUCUUCGGAGCUUCAGUUUCUGCUCUGUACAAACUAGCCAUUUAUCAUCAAUCAUGGCCGCCGGAGUACAAAUUUAACUCCUGUCUUUCCUCCCUGUCGUCUGGAGGGGAGGAUUUUUAGUUGGAGACAAAAUAUUAGUCCCACACUGAUUUGGAUUUCCUAUUGGAAUUACAAUACAUCUCGCAAGGGAACAACCAUUCAUGUCAAUACUCCAAAAUGCAGCCGCCGCCGAGGAAGGUCAAAGUGACACAGGAGCUGAAAAACACACACACAGAGCAGAUGACAAGACUGCACUUUAAAUACCAGACUGAAUAUGACCUGCUGGAAGACAUGAGGACCUACAGUCUGAAGAAGGGACAGCUGGAGAGGGACUAUGCACAGGCUCUGCAGAAGUUAGCGAGCCAAUACCUUAAGAGAGACUGGCCUGGAAUCAACCCUGAUGACCAGAGAACAGACUACAGGAAUGUGUAUGCAGUGUGGAGGGCCUACUUAGAAGGAACAGUGCAGGUGAGCCAGUCCAGGCUCAAUGUGUGUGACAACUACAAAAGUCAAGUAUCAGAGCCCGCUAAGACUGUUCGACUCUAUAAGGAGCAGCAACUCAAAAAGACCAUAGAUCAGUUGAGUGGCAUUCAAGCAGAGCUGCAGGAGUCGGUGAAGGAGUUGGCCAAAGCCAAGAAAAAAUACUACGACUGUGAGCAGGUUGCCCAUGCUGUGCGAGAGAAGGCUGACAUAGAGGCCAAGUCUAAACUGGGUCUUUUUCAGUCAAGAAUUAGUUUACAGAAAGCAAGUGUAAAGUUGAAAGCUAAGAGAAGUGACUGCAACUCCAAGGCGACACACGCCAGGAACGACUACUUGCUAACGCUAGCUGCUGCCAAUGCUCACCAUGACCGCUACUACCAUACAGAUCUACCACACUGCAUACAGGCCUUGGAUGGCAGGAUCUAUGAGCAUGUGAAAGACUACCUGGUAGAGCUGAGUCAUACCGAGCUAGAGGCCUCCCAAGCCACACACAACACCUUCCAGUUCCUGUUGGACAAAUCUACCAGGAUAAUACAAGAGUACAACCAGCAGUUGUUCAUGCAGGAGAACCCAGUGUUUCACAAAGCACAUGACUUUCAGUUCCAGCCCAGCGAAUGUGACAUGACUCUGAGCUCGGUGCAGCAGUUGGUGGACAUUGAGCCUUCGCCCGUCAGUGCCAUGAGAAUGACCCUGGCACAGAGUCGUCAGCUGGAGUCGGAGACGGGGACGACGGAGGAGCACAGUCUGAACAAGGAGGCGAGGAAAUGGGCAACCAGAGUGGCCAGAGAACACAAGAAUAUCAUCCAUUACAAGAGACGUCUGGAGGAGUGUGAGAACCAUGGCUUGCCCCCCACAGAGCAGGGCAGACUAGAUCUGGAGCUGAAGAUAGAAGACACCAAAGAAAACAUACGCAAAGCUGAGACAAUAAAGUUAAAAGCUGAGGCUCGAUUGGACCUUCUGCGGCAAGUGGGGGUUGCUGUGGAUACCUGGCUGAAGAGCGCCAUGAACCAGGUGAUGGAGGAGCUGGAGAAUGAACGUUGGGCCAACUACACUUCCCACGAUCCCUCACUGUCGGGCACAGUGGAUUUGGAGCGUGAGGAGGGAGAAGAGUGUGAAGAAAACAUGGAGGUUUUUGACGACAGCAGCUCCAGUCCUUCGGGAACCCUCCGAAACUACCCACUAACCUGCAAAGUCCUCUACUCAUACAAGGCCUCUCAGCCGGAUGAGUUAACUAUUGAUGAACAGGAGAUGUUGGAGGUCAUUGAGGAUGGAGACAUGGAGGACUGGGUCAAGGCUCGCAAUAAGACAGGUCACGUGGGCUAUGUCCCAGAGAAAUACCUGCAGUUUCCAACCUCCAACAGUCUGCUGAGCAUGCUCCAGUCUCUGGCUACACUCGAUGCUCGAUCACACACCUCGUCCAAUUCCACCGAGCCAGAGUUGCACUCCGGCUGCAUCAAUGGAGACACAAACAUGAUGUAUGUCCGUGCACUUUAUGAUUAUGACGGCCAGGCAGACGAGGAACUCUCCUUUUCCGAGGGAGCGGUGAUCCGCCUGUUGAGCCGCAACACUCAGACGGACGAUGGCUUCUGGGAGGGGGAGCUCAACGGACGGGUGGGCGUCUUCCCCUCCGUGCUGGUCGAAGAUCUCACUGAGAAUGGGGAGACCAGUGGCGGAGGGCUGGGUGACAUACAGAUUUCUCCAUCUCUGAAGUUGCCGUGUUCUCUGCCACCUCUCCCGCUGUAUGAACAACCUCCUAUUAGCCCUUUCACCAGCCCUGAGUCCUCCACCCCGCCUCCUCUCCCACGCUCACCCUCUACUGCACUCAACGGGGAGCACAAGCCUCCACCACCCGCCUCGUCACACAAGGGGCCGCUUCCCACCCACAAUCAAAGCUCUGGCAAGAGUCCUGUGUCUCCAGGAUUUCCUCAGCCACUGCGAUUCACCCCUGAAGGAGGCCCAGGCAAACUACGACCUGUGCGAGCUGCUCCUCCUCCACCUAAACAGCACCCCCGCCGACCGCAGGAGAAGAGCGACAAGACGGAGGAGGUGGAGAUCACACUGGUGUGACAUACAGACAAGCUGCCAUGCGGUUAUAGAGCCAGAAAAAAUAAAAACAGAUGACAGACAGACACAUCCUACAGGCUGGGGAACUGAACUGCUCUGAACUGAAGUCAGCUUAAACAAAGUGAUGUGAAGUAAACUGAACUGUACCACGUCCAACGUCUCUCCACAUCUUCUCUCAUCCUCAAGUUGAGGAGGAGAGCAAAGAGGGGGGGUAAUGACAGAGUAUCCAGUUGAAUAAUCUCCAUUUUAACUUCCUAAUGAAGUGCAGCAGUAGCCGCCCCUACAUCCCUCCGCCCUCCCCCGUCCUUCCAUUCUUGCCUUAAAACUUUACCUCAUCAGGCAGCAAACCAGAGCACACUGAAGAGGAGGAAGAGGAGGAAGAAUGUUUAGACAUGGGGAGUGAUAGGGAAAGUUAGUGAUGGGUUUGGCAAGUUUUCUUUCAUUUUGUUACACUUCAAGAUAUUGUAAAGCAGUUUAUCUCUGUACGUAAAGAUCAUUCUGCUGAGAAAAAACUCUUUUUUCACUCACUUGCUAACAAAUAAUAAAAUGUGAAAACUUAUGGAGCCCUGGAACUGACAAGUUGUAGUUGUAGUAAUUAAAGAGUCAUAGGACAAGUCAGAAAUAUAACUUAAUAUAAAAUUAUAUUGUUAAUAAAAAAGGAUUGUAAAAGGAAAUGUACAGUAUCCUCAUUUUCCUCAAAUUGUCCUUAUGCAUAAAACAGAAUUAGAAAAAUUGCUUAUAUUUUAAGCAAAGGAGAGGACUGUGUGGCUAGCUUGCUCAACUGACAACACUGGUAGCUAAAUACUCCACCAGCCUCUUAAGCUAGCUACCUAGCUGACGCUAACGGUCUUCAUAAAACUACACCAGCCAGUGCAUGUUAUGUUAAUUAUCCAUAUACUGUACUGCAUACUGCUGCAGCAUCACUGUAAAUGAACAGUAGCUAAAGCAUUUUAAUCAACAAGCUAACACUAACAAAGACAUCUAGCUAGAGCUUGGAACUUUUAAAUUUAGUUUAUUUCACAUUUUGAAAAACGAGACAUUAAAUCACACAUUUACAAAAUGUUGAGGAUGACAAAAUAAAGUCCAAGUCUUUUUCAACUCUGGUCCUCGAUAAAGACCAGAGAAAUGGAAGAUGAAGUUGAAGAUAAUGUCUCCUCCAAGUAGCGUAGCAAGUAGGUUGCUGGCUAAAAUGCUUCAGCUAUUGUUAAAAAAUUCGUACACUAAUGCUAGAACAGAAUGCUGUACAGUAUAAUUGGUGCAGUAGCCGGUGUAGUUGUAUGCCACAAUUCAGAUUCAGCUGGGUAGAUAGCAAAAAAAGGCUUGUGUUUAGCCACCAGUGUUUUCAGGGAAGCUAGCUAACGUAACAUUAGCCACACAGUCCUAUAUGGGAAUAGAUAAAUCAGUAAAUGUGUGCCAAGACCAAAAAAUAGAAAAAUAAAUGAGUUGAAAAACAAAAUUAGCAAUUGAAAGAUAAAUAGUAAAUAACAGUAGAAUUAAUUUAUUUAUGUUUUUGACUUAUCUGAUAUGUUUUUGCAAUAGUUUAAGUGUCGGGGCUCUAUAAAAAGAAAGCUUGAUGAGAGUAAAUAAUCAUAAAACUUGCCAAACGGACAUGAUUUGGACAGAGAAACUGAGUGGUGUGUGGACACAGUGUUCCCCCCCGCCAGCCCUUCCCUUGCCAUAUAUAGUCCUUAUCAUCAUACGUAUUCAAUGUGUAUUAGUACAGUACAUUACUGUUGUCAUAGGAAUGUUAUGCACAGCGUUUCAUAUAGACUAACUCAACUGAUUGGAAUACCAUGUCUGAUAUGUAGUAGACGUUUUAUCCUCAUCUUAUUCUGAAAGGGCAUUGUAAAUACAGUAUAAAGGAGAGAUGAAAGAAGAGGAGGGAAGGAGGGGAUGAAAGAACAAGAGGCAAAAAGGAGGCUGGAUCCUCCUCUCUGCUCUUUUCUCCACCUCUCUUCACACACUUUCUUUGUCUCCCUCUUUUCUCUAAUGUCUGUUCUGUCCAUUGGCAGUCAGUGUGAAUCGAUGGCUAUCAUAUACACACAUUCAUUUACAUUAUAUUAUGCACACAUUGCUAUAGCUUCUCUCAUUCUGUGACCCUCUGUGUGCUUGUAUCACUGAUUGGUUCAGGAGGAGGCAGAUGGUGCGUUCAAAGGCACUGACAUUGUUGGUAUUCACUAUGUGGUAACUAAGAAACGUUUUAUUUGAGAUGAUAUCGACACUGAUCAUUUUGGGUCAGGAGUUUUUAUUAAUCACAGAUUGAACUCUAUAGCUUUUAUCCCUACAGAUCAUAUCUCUCACGUAAAUUUUGUUCAUUUGUAACACUGAUACCAGAACAUAUAUCCUUGUUUAGUUGAAACGCAUUACAAUCACAGCUAUUAUUUUUCUCUGUUGUCUUGCCUUGUUUUUUUUAAUACACCGGAGAAAACAUCCAUAAAAAACAAAUUAAACUUUAACAUUUCCAAUUUGAUAUCAUCCUUAGCUUUUCCUUUAAUUAACGGUGGUAGAAACAGACAACAAAAGAGAGGUAUAAAACAAAUACAUCACGCUAAAUGGACAGAACUAGCAAAGGACAUUCAUAUGGAGCUAAGUACAAUUAUGUUGUUUUUUUUACUCAAAGUAAAUAAAUCUCCCCUUAAAUACCCUUCAAGCCUUUAAAACUCCUUGCCUAAAGGGCAGCGUAGCACUUUUAUUUAUUUGUACCUUUCUUGGAAAGUAGCAGUACCUUAACAUGGCAUCAGAAUGGAUAGAAAAGACUCUGAUGAAUCACUGCAGUUUAAUACAGAAAUCAGAGUUAUUCUUUUCAUUCGGAUUAUGUGGUGAAUCCUCUUUAUUUCAGUGUGACUGAUUUUAUUUGAUUUUUUAUUCUCCACUCUUCCAAAGAGAUAGAGAGGUAAAUGUGGGCAAUGUAAUUUGGUGUUUUCCUAAACUUAUAAAAACAAAACAAAAAACAUCAUAUUAAGGGAUGUUUUAAAUGAAGACUUGAGGAGAAUGUGGUUUUCUGAUGGGCCAGGCUGUUUGUGUGUGUGAUUGUUUAAAGGAGAGAGGAUCAGAUCUGUGUUUGACUCUGAAGAUGUAAAGAUGUGUCCCAGUUCCUUCCUCCAUAUUUAUUUCAAACAGGGUUUGAUUUGACUGACAUUUCAGAAUAAAGUAUCAAAAACGUCAAUACGGAUUUUAAAUUUGCUUGAUUUUUAAGUGUGGUGUUAAUGGACAAUAUUGUUCCAAAAGAGGGAGCUCCUUACAGCUGGAAA